UUGCCCAAACAGAGACUGUGACAAGGAUCAGACCGCCCUGCCCUCCAUUCCUCGUCACUGAAAACCCUUCCUCAUAAAAAAAAACAACACUUCCUCACACCGCUCAGCUCCGCCGCCGCCGCCGCCGCUGCUGCCGCUGCUGCGGCCAGAUGAAAACUAAACAGCGCCCGGCCCACGCUAGACAUCAACUCAUCUCCUACAGAUUUUCGGUGCGGUAAUCGCUUCAAAAACCGGAUAUGCUUCCUCUGCGGGGAGGGAAAGCGACGCAGAGGCGCGCAGAAGGAGAGGGGCGCGGCGGAGGAGCAGGAUACGCGGAUUGAAGCGGAGGCUGUGCUUUGAGUUCCUUCAGGGUUCGGGUGGACGCCAUACGGGCAUCGUGCGCGGAGCGAAAGUUGAUGAAGAGGAGAAAAGAGAUGGUGAAGCUUUGUGUCCGCGCAUCUGCUGAACAGCGACUUCCUAUCAGACUGGCUGCUGCUGAGGUGGAGGUGCAGCUGUAGCCGGGCGAAGUCAGUUGAAGGGCCUCUGGAGAUGCCGCUCCCCCAGGGCAUGCUGCUCUGUCUGGGCAUGCUGCUGAUGACUGCUGGUGGGGUCAUGGCCCUGUGCGUGGGCCUGCCCCAGCACUCAGCCCCGCUGUUUGGAUUCGGGCUGUUCCUGGGUUUGGGGGGCGUGGGCCUGCUGGUCAGUGGACUCUGCAUGGCCAUGAAGAAUCUCCAGGUGGCAGUGCCCGGACACUUCCUCCUGCACCCCCGCACAGGCACGCGCUUCAGCCCACAGCAGGCCCUGUCUAUACAAAGGAGGUUGGACCGAAUCCGUCGGGAGAUGUCAGAGGACUCUGUCAGCAGGAUACCGGAGCCUGAAUCCUCCCUCCCAUCCACCCCACCGCCCUGGACUAUGGAGCCGCCGCCAUCCUAUGACACAGUGAUGAAGAGCCAGGAGCACAGGGAGGAGCUUUAACCUCUCAAUCUGGCGGACAUCUUUACUUUGGGUCAGUGCCUUAUGAGUUCGGUUCGCAGCGGGAACCUUGAACAAACAGUCGGUGCUAUGGGUGGACUCGCUGGCCUCAUCUGUGCCUUAAGAACAGCCGCCCAGAACCCAAGCACAAGCCAAGAAACAGGAAGAGACUGCAGCUGGUUAAAGACUUCAUAGUGGUGCAGACUGUGCCCCAGUGUGGCCUCUGUGUCUAUGAAAAGUGUGCUGUGAUUGAUUGUGAAAGUAAUUGAAAUGAUCACUACAAUUGCUUCACUCUCUACACUAAGGGCUUUUCUUCAGACCAGCAUUAUGUGACUUUUCCAGCAAAGUUAAGGGAUGCACGUCAACAGUUUGGCUGGAAGCUUCCUGUAGGCAUUUAAUUAGGAUAUUUUAUUGGCCUGCUUGAAUUUACGUGACCUACUACUGUGGCUGCGCAGCACUCUUCUUCAAACGCGAUAAGGACUUCACAGCUACACGGCUCCUCUUCGUAUCUGCACUCUUUUCCUGUCAUAACUUUGUACAUGAUGCAUUGACCGCUUACUCCAGUGCAAAGUGCCUUAACCAGCGACAGCAGAAUGUCAGCAGUACCGUGGUAUUUAUCUCUCAGCUUUGUAUCCCGUGUUUGCAGAAUGUCCACUGUUCGUGCUAUGUUGUGAUGUUACUAUAAACUUGAGUUAAUGAAUGGUGCUCUCUGUGGGCGGUGUCGCAUUCAGGAAUAAUGGAUUGUUUAUUUAAAAAGAGGGAAACCCCAGGAAGGCGGAGAAGGGAAAUGUCGGCUUUUAUUUAAAAUCAUGUCUAAACCAAGCAAACAUAAACUCAACUCAGUACUGCUCAGAAGCCCGGUUGCAAGUCUCCUUUUUGCCAGCAGCUUGAGGCAAGGUGACCUAUCAGGUACACACACACACACACAUGCAAUUUUAUACCUGAUCUGAGCAGACUGUCUGCAGGGUGUAAUAAGCAGCAGAGUGGAACCCUAACUGUGCUUUCUCCACCCUCACCUUCAAGUCCGGACAGAACAACA